CAAAUCAGCAGCCGAGCCAGGCCCCGCCGCCGCUCGCCCGCUGAUAAAAGCCGCUGCCCGGGCCGUGCUCGUCCCUUCUCGCAAGACCCAGACCCGCUGCACCAAUGGCUCAAGACACAGUGCAGAUCUGCCCCUCAGAGAGAGACUUUAUCUUGUCCCCUCACAGUAAGAAGCUCCCCAAAAGGAUGGCGUCCCUCUUGGAGCUGAAGGAGAUCUUCCGCAGCGCUGACGCCGUCUGCUUUGACGUGGACAGCACGGUGAUCAGGGAGGAGGGCAUCGACGAGCUCGCCAAGUUCUGCGGGGUCGGAGACGCCGUGGCAGAGAUGACCCGCAGAGCCAUGGGUGGCACUGUGACAUUCAAAGCAGCUUUAACAGCACGACUAGGCCUCAUACGUCCCUCCUAUGAGCAAGUGCAGAAAUUAAUAUCCGACAACCCACCUCAGCUAACACCAGGAAUCAGGGAGCUGGUGAGCAGGCUGCAUCAACGAGGGGUCCAGGUCUUCCUAGUCUCUGGGGGCUUUCAGAGCAUCGUGGAGCAUGUGGCAGCACAGCUGAACAUCCCAACAGCAAACAUCUUUGCCAACAGGCUGAAGUUUUACUUUAAUGGAGAAUAUGCAGGAUUUGAUGAAACACAACCAACAGCUGAAUCAGGGGGGAAAGGAAAGGUUAUUACUCAUCUGAAGGAACAGUUCCACUUUAAGAAAGUAGUUAUGAUUGGAGAUGGAGCUACAGACAUGGAAGCCUGUCCCCCUGGUGACUGCUUCAUUGGAUUUGGAGGAAAUGUAGUCAGAAAGCAAGUGAAAGAGAAAGCUAAGUGGUACAUUACUCACUUUGAUGAACUGCUAAAGGAGCUGGAAGAACGAUAAAUUAUCCCAUAAAGUAAUAUAUUUAACAACUGUAAAUCCAUUAUACAAUGCAAUUAAACAUUUAUUUGUUUGCAAA